AGGAAGUCAUGGAGGAGAAUUAUGAGAUGGUGGCCUCUUUAGAGAUUCUGAUACUCAAGUCUGAGCUCAUCUCGUCGCUUGGAACAGAAAAAUACAGGGAUGUUGUCCUGGACCAAUUCAGAGGUGAUGGAGAAGACAAUCAGAAUUUUGAGGGGCCAUCUGUGAAGUACUUCAGCAUGAGUGAACACCUUAGCACACAACUACAAACUAACACAGAGGAGAAACCCUUUAAAUGUAUGGAGUGCGGAAAGAGCUUCAGUAAAAAUAGAAAUCUUAGCGCACAUCAACGAAUUCACACAGGAGAGAAACCAUAUAAAUGUAUGGAUUGUGGGAAGGGCUUCAUUGAUAGUGGAGCUCUUACAAGACACCAACGGACUCACACAGGGGAGAAACCAUUUCAAUGUAUGGAGUGUGGAAGCAGCUUCAGUGAAAAUGGAAGUCUUGCCCGACAUCAACGAACUCACACCGGGGAGAAACCAUUUAAAUGUAUGGAGUGUGGGAAGAGCUUCAGGGAUAGGGGAAAGCUUACUGUACAUCAACGUAUUCACACAGGGGAGAAACCAUUUAGAUGUAUGGAGUGUGGGAAGAGCUUCAGUCAGUAUUCACACAUUACUAUUCAUCGGAGAACUCACACAGGGGAGAAACCAUAUAAAUGUAUGGAAUGUGGGACAGGUUUCAUUGAGAGUGGAGCUCUUUCAAAACAUCAACGAACUCACACAGGGGAGAAACCAUAUAAAUGUUUGGAGUGUGGGAAGAGCUACACUGAAAGUGGGUCACUUACAAAACAUCAACGAACUCACACAGGGGAGAAACCAUAUAAAUGUUUAGAGUGUGGGAAGGGUUUCAGUCAAGGGGGGAAACUUACUGUACAUCAACGGACUCACACAGGGGAGAAACCAUAUAAAUGUUUGGAGUGUGGAGAGUCCUUCAUUUGUAGUAGGAAACUCAUUGUGCACCGACAAAGUCAUACCGGGGAGAAACCAUUUAAAUGUAAGGAUUGUGGGAAGGGCUUCAGUGAAGGUGGAAAACUUACAAGACACCUACAAACUCAUACAGGGGAGAAACCAUUUAGAUGUAUGGAUUGUGGGAAGGGUUUCAUUGAGAGAGGAGCUCUUGCAACACAUCAACGAUCUCACACAGGGGAGAAACCCUUUAAAUGUAUGGAGUGCGGAAAGAGCUUCAGUCAAAAUGGAAGACUUACUGUACACCAACGAAUUCACACAGGGGAGAAACCAUAUAAGUGUAUGGAUUGUGGGAGGUGCUUCAGUGAGAGUGGAACUCUUACAAGACAUCAGCAAUCUCACAGAGAAGCAGCAGUUUAAAUGGAAAAAGUGUGGAAAGUGUUUCAAUUAUAAUGGAGUUAUUAACACUUAUGGACUCUCACAGGGAAGAACUCAUUUAAAUGUAUGGAGUGUGCCAAGUUUUUCCCCACAGAGUUCACUUUGUCUCUCAUAUCAACAAACUCACAUAGGGAAUAAUCAUUUGUAAAUG